AUGAAAGAUUUGGGGCUGCCACUCCACUACUUCUUUGGAAUUAAAGUAGCCUACUCCCCCAAAGGUUACUUGCUCUCCCAAUCAAAGUAUGUUGCAGUUAUUCUUGAUCGCGCUCGUCUCACUGAUAGUCGGACUGUUGAUACUCCUCUUAAGGUUAAUGCUCGCUACACUCCCACUGAUGGUGUUCCCCUACCUGGUCCCACCUUGUAUCAUACUAUUGUUGGUAAUUUGGUCUAUCUGACUAUUACUUGCCCAGAUAUUGCUUAUGUUGUCCACAUCGUGAGUCAUUUUGCUUCACCUAUAUUUGUGCAUUGGUCAACUGUUUUGCGCAUCUUGCAAUAUCGAGGGGUUCUCUAUCAGAGUCUUUUCUUCUCUUCGACCUCGUCGUUGAAGCUUUGUGCCCACUCUAAUGCAUAUUGGGCUACUUGUCCUACUGGUUGA